AUGAUUGAUUUGAGAGUUCUUGAUGCGGCUUCAAUAGAGCGAGCCGUGGAUGAACUCGAAGUUUACCCCAUGACAAUUGAUGUAUUGAAGGAGUCUGGAGCUGCGCAGAUGUUACAAUCUGUUCGACACCAAGUGGACUCGCGUUUACAAAAACGAAUCCGUUUUGUUAUUAAAACUUGGCAAAAGCUCAUUGUUCCCAACUCAGGUGUCACAACUGUCAUUCCAGCUCAGCACAAAUCCUCUGCUAAUGGUGGAGGUUGUAUUAGUAGUAAUGAUAAUAAUAGCAAGACCGCCUUUAAUGGUUUUGCGAAACCCACUUCUUCCAAUUCCCCUCUGAUCCAAAAAUAUAAUGGCCACGUUAAACCCCAUCGAAGUCAAUCCUCCUUACCCAUUACAAAUAACCACAGCCAUCAGGACUCCCCUAUCAUUCAUCCUGCUAAAAAGCUAAAAUCGUCUGAUUCCAUUUCUUCGCAAGCCAAUACUGCUCAACCUCCACCCCUUUCUAAUGGGCAUUCUCCUAAAGUCCCUCCUCAGGAAAAUGGCCGUUUAUCAUCCGUUUCCACCGCGCCAAAGCUCUCUAAGGUAAAAUCGACCGCUGAGUUGAUCCAGGAAGCAGGUCUUUCCAUCGAUCCGGCUAUCAAGGACCGAAUUCUCAGCAAUCGAAUAGCCAAGGAAUCUGAUGAAGUGGUUCAUAUCGCUCCUCUUUCUACUAUACGUACUUCUAGGAAAAGCAGGGUUCAGAAGCAACAGCAAGAGAAACAGCCAGAUGAGCAGCAAAAGCAAUGCCAAUUCCAAUCGAAAAGCCGGAAAAGGCAUGCUGAGAUCCAUGUUUCACCAAAGUCAACAUCUGCACUUGUUAUUCCUAUUGUCAAGGAAGAGCCUCGACCGAAUUCGAGCAAACCUCCACCAAUCCCCCCUAUUAAACUUGAUCGGAUUCAUUCUCUUCUCAAACAAGAUUCCUCUGAUAUCAAUCAGGAAUCUUCCGAUCACAACCAUCGGUUUCAUAAGGAAGACCAGAAAGAAGGUGGUCUCAACGAAGACACUGGUAAAGAAGAAAAGAAGCCGCUCCCAAAUUUCAUGGACAAUAUUCCUCCACUUCCUCCCAUAACUAAAGAACUUCGAGACCAAUUAUCCUAUCGUUCGUGUAAAACUCCGGAUCAAAGGGAGUUGAGUGACAUCGGUAAGGUUGGAGAUCUUAUCCAUGGAAUGUGGGAAGAAGUCAACGCAACCAGAGAUGAAGAAGGUAACUUACGUCCCAUGACAGAAAUGUGCUCAGUUCCUAUCAAUGAUGAGGAAAUGCUACAUAUUCUUCCUUGGACCAAUCUGAGUGGUUAUCGACAGACCUUCUUCCCUCCAGGUUUCGAUACCGCAGAGGAUAUUGAUAGGUUGAUGAAUCUGCCUGAACCGUGGUGA